GGGCGAGCGGGGAAAUGGCGGCGGCCGCUGAGGAAGCGGAGGCGACGGACUGGGCGCUGCCGCCGGAGGUGGAGGUGCUGGAGUCCAUCUACCUGGAGGAGCUGCGGGUGGCGCGGGGCCUGGGCAGGUGGGAGCCCUGGGAGAUCAGCAUCACCCUGCACCCUGCCACGGCCCAGGACCAGGAGUCCCAGUAUGUCCGCUUCACCCUGGUGCUCUCCGUGCCCCCUCAGUAUCCUGAUGAAGCUCCGGAGAUCUCCAUCAGAAAUCCGCGGGGGCUAUCAGAUGAGCAAAUUCAAAAGAUUUCCCAGACCCUCAGAAGUGUUGCUGAAGCCAGGCUGGGGACAGAAGUGCUCUAUGAACUGAUUGAGAAGGGAAAGGAAAUCCUCACUGACAACAAUAUUCCUCAAGGACAAUGUGUGAUCUGCCUCUAUGGAUUCCAGGAGAAAGAAGCCUUCACAAAGACACAGUGCUACCACUACUUCCACUCCCACUGUCUGGCCCGCUAUGCCCAGCACAUGGAGGAGGAGAUCCUCAUGCAGCAGGAGGAGAGAGAGCAGCACCUUGCACAAUCCCCCAAAGAGGAAGUUGGUGUGCAGUGCCCCGUCUGCCGGGAGACCCUGGUCUAUGACCUCUGUGCUCUGAAGGCAGCACCACCCCCUCAGCACCCUCUGGAGCCGUACCGGCCAGAUGCCAAGGUGCUGCAGCACCAGGAAGAACUGCGCCUGAUUUUCAAGAGACAGCAAGAGAAAGGGGGAAUCAUCGACCCUGAGGCAGAGAGGAACCGAUACUUCAUCAGCCUCCAGGCGCCUCCAGCUGCUGUGGAUCCAGGCCAAGCAGCCACUGCCGCUGAGCUGUCGGUGAGUGUCCACGCUGAGAACAUGGCCCAGCCUCCCAGCCAAGCCUCAGCUCMUGAGCCAGCUGGGGCAUUGGAUGCCAGGGUGGAGCCCAGGCAGCCCGAGAGGCCUGCUGUGCGCAGAGAGCAACUGAGUAAGAGGGAGAGGCACAGAGGGGAGAGGCCAGGCUCCAGAGGCCAGGCCAGGCAGCUGUGCAGUGGCUCGCAGGAACCAGGAGAGGAAGCCUGUCAUCCACUCCAUGACUCCAGGGGGCCCAGGGCCUGCAGCCARAGACCGGGGCGGAGACCUGCUGGACGGCACAGCCAGGAGUUUUCAAAGCCUCACAGUAGAAGCAGGGCUGCUCCCUUGGCUGAAAGAAAGGAGUUGUGCCCUGAAGACCCCUCACCAGUAAAGGAGGCUGUGGACUUUAAAGAGGAGCACCGUGACAUGGAAAAAUGGAGCACAGAGGAGGCGACUGAGGCCCGGGGCAGGAAAAAGGAGAACCUGAUGUUGAACCGCAGUGACCACAAAGCUGCCUCCAACUGGCAGGGCCACCAUAGGCCUUGGGAUUGUGGGAGGUGGGAGAGGUCCAGAGUUCAGGAGCGUGGUUCCUACCCCAGAGCACCAAGAGGGCGAGGUGUGUUCAGGCCCAGUGGACAUCGAGAAGCCCAUCUUGAGAAGGAGAGUGGCUCCUAGCAGAAAUGAUCAGGGGCUGGGCUGGGGGAAAAGGCUGUUUCUGGGGAGAACAGUGAAGGCUCUGGUGAAGCAGUAGCAAGCAGAUACUGUACCCCUUAGAAGGGAUGAGGCAGAUGGUGCUUGGUAUAAGCAGUAUGGCACUUGGGAUCACCAGGGUUUGUCCAGAGUUUCAGUCUGCAUCCUGAUCAGCUGGCUGUCACCAGCAUAGGAACCUUGACAGAUUAUAUCAGCCUUGGUCUCAGAGGAUCCAGGGGACAGAGUUAGCUUUGACUAGGGAUCUGCAGCCAUCAUCCCUAUAGGUGAAAUGCCAAGAAAUGUGCACACCUACAGAGUAAAUGGACUGAGUCCAGCAUGGUGCCAUGGUAGAGCCAAAAGGCAAGACCUCCCCUGGCAGCCAAUGUGCCAGUGGAACUGCAGUGGUGCCAAGUGAUGGGGCUGUGCCAAGCAGUAGCCUGGAGCUCAGCUCCACUCACUCUGUCCCCCAUUCCUUCUCAGAGCACAUUCUCAACUGCUGGGAUCAGCCAGGCAAGUCCAUUUUACAGAGGACACUUCCCACUCCCAGACAGGAGAUCCAGGUUAGCUUAAGUCAACACAUGGGCAAGUCACAGCUGUCUGGUGGCUAAGGCUUCACCUUGGCUYCCACUUCCCCUGGGAAGAGAGCACUCUGCUUUGUAAACCUGUAUGUCAGAAUCUCCCUCUAAGGCCAGGCUGCCUCUUGGCACUUCUUACAACCUGGAAGUGAAGACAUGUCCCAGUACUUUGGAUACUGCUACCCCACUUUCAUCUUCAARCUGAUACUGCUUCAAAAUGAGGAUUUGCUGUUUAAAAUAACUUGGUGCAGUUCCAUCUGCUGCUGCUCCGCAAAUUUAAAUGGUGUUCCAUUCCAAAGCCACACAAGGUGAUCCCAGGCCUCUGAAGUGGGGCACUGCUAUUAAAUUAAUUUGUUGGGUCUUCUCCAGA